AUGUCUUUCGCUAAAGCUCUCAUUCUCGCUACGGGUCUCAGUUCCGUCGCCUUGGCUCUGCCUGGUGUGAACCCGAGCGUCGGUGUCGAGACUCGAACGUUGGACGAGCUUCAUCAGGCUGCGUUAUCGGAAGGUGGAGUUGUCACUCUCUGGCACGGUGGAGACGAGAUCAACCAGCAGGAUAGCCUCAAGGCCGCGUUUGAGGCUCGUUUCCCUGGAAUGACGUUGAACCUGACCGUGGAUCUCAGCAAAUACCUUGACGGGAACCUGGAUCAACAGAUUGCUGAUAACAACAUAUAUGUGGACAGCAUAAUCUUGCAAACACUACAUGACUAUCCAAGGUGGAAGGAGCAAGGCGUGUUGAUGCCAUACAAGCCUGCCGGGUUCGAUAGCGUUUACGCCAACUUGAAGGACCCCGAUGCAACUUAUGUCGGUCUUUUCAUUCUCAAUUGGGCGAACUGCUGGAACGUCAAGGGGCUCGCGGACGCAGGAAUUACUGCUCCUAAGGAGUACACCGACUAUUUGAAGCCUGAGUUCAAGGACAGGCUAGUCCUCAUCUACCCCAACGACGACGACGCGGUCUUGUACCAGUUCGAUCUCAUCAUUAAGCAAUACGGCGUCGCCUGGUUCGAAAGCUUGCUCGCCCAAAACCCAAAAUGGGUUCGAGGAGGCGCUACCCCAUUCGCCACCCUCCGACAAAACGGCACUGAAGUCGCCACCUUCACCGCUGUUCCCCGCGUGGGCGUCGACGGCGUCCUGAACGCCCAGUACCCUGCCGAAGGCCAAUUCGUAAGCUGGGCUCAGACCGGUUCCAUCCUCAAAAACGCACCGCAUCCAGAGGGCGCCAAGCUUCUCCACAACUUCAUGCUGAGCCCCGAGUUCUUGACCGCGAGAGGCGGAUGGUCGACCCGCGAGGAUAUGGAUGCGCCAGCUGGGUACCCAAAGAUCAUGGAUCACAACGCAACGGACCCCACUGCGUUUACGGCGUUCAUGAGUGAUCGGGCUGCGGUCGAACGUCUGCGCUUCUUUAUCGAGUCGAGGAUAGGUAUUCCUCAGGGUCCGUCCCCCCUCGUUGACGGUAUCUAA